GAAUGGGGAUUGGGAAUGGAGGAAUGGGAAUGGGGGAAUGUGAUCCCAAAGGAGAAACAGACCUGUGACAUCCGCCUGCGCGUGCGCGCCGAGUACUGCCAGCACGACUCCGCCCUGCACGGCAACGUCUUCUCCAACAAGCAGGACCCGCUGGAGCGCCAAUUCGAGCGCUUCAACCAGGCCAACACCAUCCUGAAAUCCCGGGAUUUGGGCUCCAUCAUCUGCGACAUCAAAUUCUCGGAGCUCACCUACCUCGACGCCUUCUGGCGGGAUUACAUCAACGGCUCCCUCCUGGAGGCCCUCAAGGGCGUCUUCAUCACGGACUCGCUCAAACAGGCCGUGGGCCACGAGGCCAUCAAGCUGCUGGUCAACGUGGACGAGGAGGAUUACGAGCUGGGCCGCCAGAAACUCCUCAGGAACUUGAUGCUCCACACGGCUCCCUGAGGGAUCCAGCUCCGGUUGUUUUGUUUUUUUGUUGUUGGUUUUUUUUUUCCUCGGGUUUUUCCCGGGUUUUUUUUUUUGUUGUUGUUGUUGGUUUUUGGUUUUUUUUCUGAUUUUAUUUUUUUUUCCGCGGAGGUGCCCGAGCGGAGCCCGCUGAUGGAUUUGGGGAGGGUUGGAAAUGUGGGAUAUUCCGGGAUUUGGAGCUUUUUGGGGUUCCUGAUGGGUUCUCCUUGUGUUUUCCAUGGGUUUUUCCUUCCGUUUUUGAUUUUGUAUCCAUUAAAAAUGGUGAUAAAAAGGCAAAAAAUCCCAUUGGUGCAGCCCAGUCCGAGUUGGGGAUUGGGGGUGUGGAAUAUUCCAGAAUUCCUCACUUUUCCAUCAAUUCCUCUUCGUGUUUUCCACGGAUUUUCUCUUUCUUUUCUAUCCAUUAAAAACGGUGAUAAAAAGGUAAAAAAUCCCAUUGGUGCAGCCCAGACCGAAUUUGGGAUCGGGGGUGUGGAAUAUUCCAGAAUUCCUCACUUUUCCAUCAAUUCCUCCUCAAGUUUUCCAUGAAUUUUCUCUCUUUUCUUUUGUAUCCAUUAAAAAUGGUGAUAAAAAUGCAAAAAUCCCAUUGGUGCAGCCCAGUCCGAAUUGGGGAUUGGGGGUGUGGAAUAUUCCAGAAUUCCUCACUUUUCUGUCAAUUCCUCCUCGUGUUUUCCAUGGAUUUUCCCUCCCAUUUUUGAUUUUGUAUCCAUUAAAAACGGCGAUGAAAAGGCAAAAAUCCCAUUGGUGCAACACACUGGGAUUUGGGGAUUGGGGGUGUGGAAUAUUCCAGAAUUCCUCACUUUUCCAUCAAUUCCUCCUCAUGUUUUCUAUGAAUUUUCUCUCUUUUCUUUUGUAUCCAUUAAAAACAGUGAUAAAAAGUCAAAAAUCCCAUUGGUGCAGCCCAGUCGGAAUUGGGGGUGUGGAAUAUUCCAGAAUUCUUCACUUUUCCGUCAAUUCCUCCUCGUGUUUUCCAUGGAUUUUCUCUUUCUUUUCUUUUCUAUCCAUUAAAAAUGAUGAUAAAAAGGUAAAAAAUCCCAUUGGUGCAGCCCAGUCGGAAUUGGGGAUUCCAGGUGUGGAAAGCCCUGGAACAAUGGAAUAUUCCGGGUUGGAAAUGUGGAAUAUUCCAGGAUUUGGAGCUUUUUGGGGUUCCUGAUGGGUUCUCCUUGUGUUUUCCAUGGGUUUUUCCUUCCGUUUUUGAUUUUCUAUCCAUUAAAAACGAUGAUAAAAAGGUAAAAAAUCCCAUUGGUGCAGCCCAGUCCGAGUUGGGGAUUGGGGGUGUGGAAUAUUCCAGUAUUCCUCACUUUUCCAUCAAUUCCUCUUCGUGUUUUCCAUGGAUUUUCUCUUUCUUUUCUUUUCUAUCCAUUAAAAAUGGUGAUAAAAAGGCAAAAAAUCCCAUUGGUGCAGCCCAGUCGGAAUUGGGGAUUCCAGGUGUGGAAAGCCCUGGAACAAUGGAAUAUUCCGGGUUGGAAAUGUGGAAUAUUCCAGGAUUUGGAGCUUUUUGGGGUUCCUGAUGGGUUCUCCUUGUGUUUUCCAUGGGUUUUUCCUUCAGUUUUUGAUUUUGUAUCCAUUAAAAAUGGUGAUAAAAAGGUAAAAAAUCCCAUUGGUGCAACACAUUGGGAUUUGGGGAUUGGGGGUGUGGAAUAUUCCAGAAUUCCUCACUUUUCCAUCAAUUCCUCUUCGUGUUUUCCAUGGAUUUUCUCUAAUUUCUUUUCUUUUCUAUCCAUUAAAAAUGGUGAUAAAAAGGUAAAAAUCCCAUUGGUGCAGCCCAGACCGAAUUGGGGAAUUGGGGGUGUGGAAUAUUCCAGAAUUCCUCACUUUUCUGUCAAUUCCUCCUUGUGUUUUCCAUGGAUUUUCCCUCCCAUUUUUGAUUUUCUAUCCAUUAAAAAUGGUGAUAAAAA